AUGGGUAUUGCGACGUGGCUUGCUUUGCUUCUCACACAUCCUACAGAGUUCCGGAUACUCCUACAAUUCAAGUUGUAUCACGAACAGAAGAGAGAUAUCACCCAUGUGAAGGAGCACGCAACAAGUGGAUGGGACAGAGAAAACAUGCGCAGGUGUUGGCAGUUUUUGGAUCAGACAAGUAGAAGUUUUUCAGCGGUCGUCAAGGAACUUGACGGUGACUUGGCGAGAACAAUAUGUAUGUUCUAUCUUGUACUGCGCGGUCUCGACACUAUUGAGGACGACAUGACUAUCCCUGACGAUGUCAAACAACCUAUGUUAAGGUCGUUCCACAAGCAUACUAUUACGCCUGGUUGGAAAUAUGAUGGAUGUGGACCCAAGGAGAAGGAUCGUCAGUUGCUAGUUGAAUAUGACUGUGUUGUGGAGGAGGUGAAUUUGUUACUGCCAGCGUACAAGGCUGUUAUAGUCGAUAUAACCGAGAAGAUGGAAAACGGUAUGGCAGAUUACGCACACAAGGCUGCUACGACGGGAAAAAUUUACCUUGAGACGACGGAGGAGUAUGAUCUUUAUUGCCAUUACGUCGCGGGUCUCGUGGGCGAAGGACUGUCUCGUAUCUUUUCUGCCUCAGAGAAGGAAGCACCCUGGCUCGUGUCUCAGCUCGAGAUGUCAAACUCUAUGGGUCUCCUCCUCCAAAAAACCAACAUCAUUCGUGAUUAUCGCGAAGAUGUUGAGGAAAAACGGUUCUUCUGGCCCAAGGAGAUUUGGGGCCAGUAUGGAUUCAACGAGAUGUACGAGAUGUACGCCUUGGAUCGAUCAACGAAGGAACGCGCACAGUGGGCUCAGAGUGCCAUGAUCCUAGACGCGAUGCGUCACCUGGUUGACGCGCUCGACUACCUUCGAGUGUUGCGAAAUCAGACGGUAUUCAACUUCUGCGCCAUACCUGCUACCAUGGCUAUCGCGACCCUCGAGCUAUGCUUCAUGAACGCGGAAAUGUUCCAACGAAACAUCAAGAUUCGUAAGGCGGAGGCUGCUUCUCUCAUCAUGCGGUCUACAAAUCCACGAGAAGUGGCUUAUAUGUUCCGGGAUUAUUGCCGUAAAAUUCACACGAAGGCAGUACCCCAAGAUCCCAAUUUCUUGAGGAUAUCUGUGGCAUGCGGAAAGAUUGAGCAGUGGUGUGAACAUCAUUAUCCCUCUUUCGUUCAAAUCAGUUACUCCAACGGUGGGGCAUCUCAUCAGCUGGAUCCUGAGGAUGCCAGGUCACGAAUUGUCCAGUUGGAGAGUAAGUUAGAGAAGGAGCUAUCUAGGAAGAAGCGAAUGGAAGAUAUACGCGCCGGGUUAACUGUACAAGCACCCCAAGCGCCGGAGGGGUUACCAUGGGAGCUCUUCAUGUAUUUGGGUGGUGUCGUCUUGUUGAUUAUUGGGUUGUCGGUGGGUGUGAUUUGGGCGGUACUGAAAUUCUUUCCCGACUCGCGAUAA